UAACGAGAUCAAUCCCUUUGCACUUGCCAAAGUUGUCAUUGCAAGUUUAAUUUUUUAAACUUUGAGUGUUGUAACAAGGUGCUGCUGGAUAAGUCCUUGAAAAAAAUUGCGUUUAUUUCAAACGGUUUUUAGAAGCAAGCACUAGCACCAACAUCUUCGACAUGGCUCAAAACUGGGGUUACAAAAGCACUAACGGGCCUCAUACCUGGGCUGAACACUACGCCGAAGCUGCCGGUCAGCGUCAGUCACCUAUCGAUAUCCAGACAUCUGAUGUAACGCUGGAUCCCAGAUUGAGCAGCCGGCAGCUCACCUGGAAUUGGCCAAAACAUACGGAUGAUGUGACAAACACUGGUUACUGCUGGAAGGCCCACGUACAUGGUGAAGGAUCCACGUUGCAAGGCGGCCCGUUGAAGGACACGUACCAACUAGAACAAUAUCACUGCCACUGGGGAGUAAAUGAUUCAAUUGGAUCUGAACACACGGUCGACGGAAAAUCCUAUGCUGGCGAGCUUCAUUUCGUUCACUGGAACACGAAGUAUGGCAGUUUUGGUGAGGCCUUGAAACAUGGAGAUGGUCUCGCCGUGUUGGGUGUCUUCGUCGAGGCCGGUAAAGAGCAUGGAGAGGCAAAUAAUCUUAUCAGGGCUCUGAAUAACAUCAAAUUUAAAGAUGAAACAGUCAAGUUCGCCGAUAAUCUGGAGCUAGAUCCCUCUAAACUGAUGCCAUCUAACGAGCCACGACCAUACUGGACAUAUUUGGGUUCGUUAACGACACCCCCUUGUUCGGAAUGUGUUAUCUGGAUUGUUUUCAAGGAUCCGAUUCAAAUGUCUCAUGAACAGCUGGAAGCUUUCCGCGCAAUGUACUGUGGCGAUCGAGACCAAUGCUGCGCCGCAAAUGAGAUGUCUGAAUGCAUCUUAACCAACUUCCGACCGUGUCUUCCAAGGGGUGAUCGCUGCGUUCGUGCCAGCUACAGUUAAUAAAUUCACUAAAUUGGGAAUGUGUUGCUGUUUUUCAACUCUAUUUACUAGUUUACUAGCACUCUUCAUGGUUGUAAAUUUUCUUUCACUUUAUCAUGUAGAUUGACUUUUCCAUAUGCCCAACUGAGUUCGACGUGCCAUGCACAUUUCUGAGGGCAUUAGAUUUGCAUAGCGUUUUCUUAGUAAGAUCACUAGUUUCUAAACUUCUGAUUAUCAAGUCAGUUAAUUCAGAAGAGCAGAAAGAAUAUGUGUUCACCCUUCCUUUUCCAAGUAUUGUUCAAAAAUACAAGUUAUAUUGUUCUGUGA